CUCUACAGCCCAUGCCCACUUCACAUCAACACUAAGAUCUUCUCAAUCUCUCCCUACUCUCUAUCUCAUCUCCAUGGCUGCUUCUUCAAUGGCUCUCUCCUCCCCCUCACUGGCCGGCCAGGUAGUAAAGCUUGCUCCUUCCACCUCCGAGCUUCUUGGCGAAGGGAGGUUUACCAUGCGAAAGACCCUGGCCAAGCCCAAGCUCAUCUCAUCCAGAAGCCCAUGGUACGGUCCUAAUCGAGUCAAGUACUUGGGCCCGUUCUCCAGUGAGCCCCCAUCCUAUCUCACUGGUGAAUUCCCUAGCAACUAUGGGUGGGACACCGUUGGGCUCUCCGCCGAUCCUGAGACCUUUGCAAAGAACUGUGAGCUUGAAGUCAUCCACUGUAGAUGGGCCAUGCUUGGAGCUCUUGGUUAUGUCUUCCCUGAGCUCCUUGCUCGCAAUGGUGUCAAGUUCGGCGAGGCAUAGUGACUG